CUUUGACAUUUAUUGGCCAUUUUAAUUGGCGUUUAUUAUAUUAAUGUUUCAAGAGUGUUUGGUAUUGAAUAUCUUCAGUGAGUUUUUAGUUGUCUACGGUGAAGCUGCAGAAUAAGGUGGCAGCAUGAUGACGAUGCAUGUCCUGGCAAUUCUCAACUUUCUCUUCAUUGUUAUUGAAGGAUACCGUCCUUACUACAAUUUUAUUGAUGAUGGACACCAAUCUACCACUGGACAACCUUCAGCAUCAUCACAAUCACCCAAUCCUUCAAAGUUUCACAGGUUUUUGGAUGAUGGACAGCCAUCGCCUCCACCACAACGUACACCAUCACCACCACAACAUACACCAUCACCACCACAACGUACACCAUCAAUACCACAACAACAAACACAAGGACAAAAGAGGCAAGCACCAGAGGAAGCUUCAACCUCACGACGUCCAAAGAGGCAAAGGGGGUGUUACAAUGGCUCCAACCUCAAAAAUUGAAUUAUUUCAUAUACUGGACCAGAACAAAGAUGGAAGGGUAUCACGUGACGAUUAUGUAAGAAUAAUAAGAGGUGAUCUUUACCAGAAAAAUGAAGGAGUGAAAACCUUCUUGGACAAAAAAUAUAGAUCACAAGAGAGAGCUAACCGAUUUUUUGUUUUUGCGGAGUUCGGCAGUUAUAAAAUCGAUCUUUCCGAACUAAAUAAUGGAGGACCAUUCACAAAAGAUGACCUUGUAAGAGUUUUCAAUAUGAGAUCUGAUAUAGCUAAAAAAAUAGUCGAAAAUGAUACUAAUCGAACGAUCACAGCAACAGAUUUGGUAUCACAUUUUUUGGCCAGAAAUAUGAUGGGAGGUGAAAUAUGAAUAUUAAUAUUAAUCACCACAUGCAGUAGUUUAUUGGCGUGAUAAUUUGGACAGGACAGGCGCAUGUGGAAUCAAAGAUCCCAGCUUUGCAGCAUGCAGUAAUAGCAUAAUUAUUAUGAAUUUUCCUAUGUAAUUUAUUAUGCAGUGAGCUAUCAUCGUUUGGAAUGAGAAGAUGGAAAUGAUUUAAAAGCAUUGCAAAUGUUGGUAAUUUGAAAUAUUUCAAAUCAAUAAUAAUAUUAUUAUUAAUAUUAAUACUAUUAUUAUUUAAUAUUAUACAUUAGGCUGGUUACACACACACACACACAACACACACACACACACACACACACACACACACACACACACACACACACACACACACACACACACACACACACACACACACACACACACACACACACACACACACACACACACACACACACUUUUUAAAAUGUACAUUUUUGAAUGUAAAAUCUUUUUGUCAUCCUAUUAGAAUAAACAGAUAGACAGUUUGUCAAGUCCCAUCUGAUACAAUUCAUAAGAAAAAACUCAAAUGUCCAAAAAUCGAUGUGGGUAGAACUGGCUCGAACCCUUCUUAAUUGCUUAUUGAUUUCUAUGCAAGAGAAAACUAAAAGAUAUCUCUUUUCAGUUUUAUAAAAUUAAUGAAACAUAGCGAGUGAAAGCAUUUCUUGAACAUCUCACGAGUGCUUCAAUGAACUUAUAAAACUGUUGUAAACACCAUCUCUGACCACUAAAACAAAAUAGGCUACAGCAUAAUAUCAAAUUGCUGACUUAGGUUGCAAAUCAACCAACUAGCCUAUGUGGAAAAAGAUUGAAAUAACUUGUGUAGUGUAUUAUUUGAAGUUAAUUAAACAUUUCAUAGGUGAAAAAAAUUCUAAUGAAUAAGUGUACUAACAUACAUAGGUAUGUAUUUAUUGCAAACCCAAUUUCAAAUAGUUUUAUUUAUACGUUAACACAAGACAAGUUUGACAAAUUUUCUAUGUGAUCACUUUUUGUUGCACAUAAAAUAUCUAGACGAUAUUCAAUUUCACGCCAUACACAGUCGUUCUGGAGUGAUGUCUUGGAAUAUGGCUUCAAUUUCUCCGUUUUACUCGUGGUUCAUCGAUAUUACAUAACUUCCUCGCAUACAACUUAUUUUUCACGGCCAUACUCUAAACGAAAACAUCUUUAAACGGUAAUAACCGAUUCGCUUUCUUGAAACCACAGAAACAGAAUGCACAUAGCUUUAUCCUGAUGCUCUCUCUGUCACCCCCAACAUUGAGCCGACUGUGUCAACCCCCUCCAUCGAGUCAGCUGUGUUUCUAUGAAGGUCAUCACAAAUUAUAAUGGAAGCUACACCAAUGUUUUCCACAAAAAAAAGGCGCGCUAUCACUAUUUGUUAUCUUUUUAUCCACCUAUGAAAUGUGUCCUAUAGAAAUCUAUGCUUACCCUGUAUAUUAAAUAAAAUAUUCUAAUGUUAAAUUUAACUUUAAAUAAUAUUUUAUAUUUGGAGUAUUUGUGACAAAAUUGAGAAAUAUAAGAAGUACAGGAAUCUGGAUAAUAAAUAAUAUAGUGAGAUCCACGUCAUAAAGUCAGUACCUGAUUAACAUAGGGUUGCUAUCCUUGUCUGUCAUUAGACACAAAGCAAACAGCUCUAUCUUUCUCAGGUUUGCCAAGUUAUGAAGAAAUAUAAUGAACCACCAGAAUAAUAAAUCGCAAUUUAAAAAAUUAAUUAUUUUUCCUUGGUGAUUAUUUAAUUUAUUUAUUAAAUAUUACAUAUUUGAGAUGGAAUUAGCCAUUUUUAAUCUAUACUAUAAUAAAGGAAAGAACUGGCUUAUACACAUAUGGGAUAUAGGGAAAUUAUGUUUGAUGCAUCAUCACCUCUGAACUAUUAAAUUGAUUAACUUGAAAUUUGCAUGAAG